CAUAAAGGAAGCGAAGGAUACAAUCUUGUUUAGAUUCGAGUACCUACUUUGUGUGUUUUCCCUAUGACGCGGUAAGUCCCGCGGUGACUAAUCACGAUUACUUUAUCUCGUUGUGUGUCGCUGCGAUAUCAUGUUGAGUUCAGAUUCUUCAGAAGACUAUUACGAGAUCUCAAGCGAGAUGUCACACGACUACGACCACUUUUUCGACCACUUCAAGAGCCGAGCGAUGAGCACGGGCACGCUCCUGCUGGCGCUAGCGCUUCUGGCGCUGCUGGUGGCGCUGGUGGCCUGCUGCUGCCGCCGGCGUAAGCUACAGGGGCAGGUGCUGUCGCCCCCGCCGCCCGCGCCGCCGGGGCCCCUACAAGCCGUGCAGGCGCCCUACCCACAGCAGCAAUACGCGCCUGCACCUUACCCUGUUGCUACAUCGUAUCCGACACAAUCGGCCGCACCGUAUCCGGCGGCCGCACCGUAUCCAACGGCGGCGCCGUAUCCGGCGAGCGCGGGCCCCAUGCCCGUGCCGGGCGGCGGCUACCCGGCGCCGUUCCCGGCCCCGUACCCCAGCGCGACUCCGUACCCGGCCGCCCCGUUCCCGCAGCCGCAUCCUGACGCGCACUACCCGACCGCGCCUAGCGCGCCAGAGGCUCAUGCGUUCUUUGGCGUGCCGCCGCCGGGCUGGAUGCCGCCAGCGUUGCCGCCGUCGUACGAGCAGGCGACGGGAACCAAGAACCCUCCAUACCCCAUGCACUAAUCGGCGAUGCAACGCUCGCUACCGGCCUGUGUCGUCGCACCGGCGCCGGCUGAAAUACGUCCUCCCGUUUCAAACACUCCUUACAGGAAUUUUCUCUAGAAAUUACUUAGUUUUCUGAUUUUCUCUAGAAAUUACUUAGUUUACUGAUUGAGUUGAAAUGUACCUGAAUAGGACCGUAGCUAGAUAAAGUUUGAUUUUAGAAUUACAGCACGGGCAUGCAGCGGGAUUCGAGAAAGCGUUAGGUAUUGAAGAGAGCUAUCCCACGGAUAGUGGGGUAAUUUUAGUCCUGCAGUGUGCGAUUAUAUAGAUGAUCUGAAAUGCUGCAAAGAGUUAAUGUGGGAUGAAUUUUAAGAAUAGGAGUGGCUUAAUACCUACAUUUGAAAGGCUGCUGAGCUAUGAUCCUGUAAUGUACGUACCUAUUUUGUUUUCUUCAAAGUUUAUGGGGAUAGAGAUUAUAUUUUAUGAUGUAAUUAUUAUAUUUGAGUGUAUCGAAACUAAGGGUUGAUCUCCUAAUGCUCAACAUAAGUCUUGAAACCGGAGCUGCCGCGGAGGGCACAACAGAACAAAUGUGAUUUUAUAAGAAUUAAUCAAUGUUUAAUUAAGAAUUUAUGUUAUAUAUUAUUUUAGUUUUUUUUACUUAUUUACAUGAUUGUUGCUAUCGGCCUUUAUUUCGAACCCAAAAACAGUUUGGCUAAGGUAUAGUGGAUGGUUAAGAUUUAUGUUUACUCUUCCAAUACCCUAUAGCCGACCAUACAUUUGGAGUAGGUUCUUAUGAAAAGGGGCUCAAGAAGUCAAGAGUCAACUCUUAAGACUGAUUAGAGAUGUAGAGUUUGACGCGAAAUAGACUGCGUGUCUGAAAAGGACGGCCUGUAGCAACAAACAUCGAGACACAAACUCACAUGACUGCACACAGGGCCGCUUCUUUUCAUGUUUUAGUAUUUCUUCUAGGCGCGUAUAAACGAGCACCAUUUUCAAAGGUACUGUUGGUAUCUGAUGCUGUGCAAAUGUUGGUAGUAAGGCAGCUACCUUAGGCGCUGUUUAACGAAGGAUCGUGGCGCCUCUCAUGUUUGGACGUAUAGUCUUAAGUAGUCUAUGGGAUUUAGGUUGAAGCGGCUCUGUGGAAACCCUUCCUAAACUGCCUCUAUUUAUUAUUGUUAAAAGAGAUUAUUUCUUCUGACGUCUCUGGUCAGAUUGACUUGUAUUUUGUCAAAUGGUAUGUAAUUGUAAAUAAGUAUGAUAUGUUGUAUGAAUAGUCAAAAACAAUCUUUGUGUAUUAGCCAGUUACGAGUCUGACACAUACCUCCAAUAACUCAAAUAAGUCUACCAAUUUAAACUAGUCGAUGUAAACUGGACUCUGUGCAUUGCAGAUAAGAUCGAAAAUUAUGUGUUUUACGCACCUAAGUAUAAACUUCUAAUAUUCAUGUUAUCGUGUACAAUAUUUAUGUGCCAGAUAACAAGUAUGUAGGUAGGUCCUCAUAACUCGGUAAUGAAAAUUUCUAAGUGCUCUUGUGCACCUAUACAGAGUAGAAAGUUUGAAAGAGUCAGUAUGCGCAUCUAUUAAUCUCUUGACGCCAUCUAAUCGAGAUAAUGGUAACUAGUACUUUAUCGGACGUUUUAGAGAAUGUUGAAUGAGAGAAUGAAAAAAGUAGACAAGAAAAUAUAAUGAAAACGGGUACAUGUUAAUUUUAAAUUUUAUACACCCGUGUAAUGUACCCGUUAGAUUAAUUGUUCGGUGUAUAUAUAAUAUACGCUAAAUGUUUUUACUAUUCAUAAAAUAAAUGUUAGAUUUAGAAGUUAUAUAAAUUUAUUUUCUCCGGUAUUCUGAUUAUUUGGCUUUAAGUUAGUACAUUACGGUGCAUUUUGUUAAUAAAAUAUUUGUCAUAACGUAUGAAUGUUUUGUACCUACCAAAUAUAAUAAAUUGUUAAUUAUUU